AAUGGAGAGGGAUGGGUAUCUUUUGGAUCUUUGAUGACGUCACAAGCAUGAAUCGCCUUCAGCCAUUCAAAUCGAUGAGGCAAUCUUCCUCACAAAUUGCUGCUUCCACAAAACCUAACUCAUCAAUCCAACUAUUCUAUCUAUCUAUCUAGUUUGAGACAUCGAUAGCAUUAUCUUCAUUAAUCAUGGUCCUGUAUAUGGUCGGCUUGGGUCUGGGAGAUGAGAAUGACAUUACCGUCAAGGGACUCAAGAUUGUCCAACAAUGCGAUUUGGUCGUUCUCGAAGCGUACACGUCCGUGCUGGGAAUUGUCGAUAAAGAAAAACUAGAAGCCCUCUACGGGAAACCCAUUGUCGUCGCGGAUCGAGAUACCGUCGAAACUCAAGCCGACGAAAUUAUUUUGCAAAACGACAAGAAUGUCGCUUUUUUGGUCGUUGGAGAUCCGCUGUGUGCUACCACCCAUACGGAUUUGUGGUUGCGGGCACGUCAAAAGGGUAUUCAGGUCGAAAUUGUCCACAAUGCCAGUAUCAUGGGAGCGGCCGCAUCCAGUGGAUUGUCACUCUACAAUUUUGGACAAACCGUUAGUAUUCCCUUUUUUGAAGACAAUUGGAAACCCACCAGUUUUGUGCCCAAAAUCGAAUACAAUUUACAAGGAGGCAUGCAUACCUUGUGCUUGCUCGAUAUCAAAGUCAAGGAACCCGAUUUCAAAGCCAUGAUGAAGGGAAAGACGGAAUAUUUGCCACCUCGGUUCAUGUCCGUCGCAACUGCCGCACAACAAUUGAUUACAUCCCAGCAAUUAUUAUUACCUGACAACAACAACAACAACAACAAAACACACUAUGGCACGGCACUGUGUGUGGGAUUGGCACGCAUGGGACAACCCACACAACAAAUUAUCGCCGGGACAUUGGAAGAAUUAGCCCAAAUCGAUAUGGGAACGCCACUGCAUUCUCUCAUUAUUUGUGGUGAUGUGCACGAUUUGGAGGUGGAAGUUCUGAAAGAGUUCUUGGUGGAAGGAUCCAAGUACCAAUUUCCAACUAACAAUAGUGAACAAUGAACAAGCAUCACAGCAGCAGCAGCAGCAACCAGACAACGUAAACGAAGCAACGUAAUCUAUCAUUUUAAACAACUAUAUAAAGAAGCAGCAGCUAUCAUCACAGCGAGGGGCACAGCCAAAUUAUGCUAGGGGUACAUCUAUCUGUUGUCAGCACUGGUAAUGCCCCUGAAAACGAUUUUUCUUAAAAAAUGGAAUGUUGGGCGACACAGUGUUCCCCUCACUGCGAGGGAAACCAUGUGAGUCGAGUCCAAACCACCACUACUAGCUAGUACAUGUAUUUGCAUCUUUCUACACGAGUACUCGGAUGAGUAAUCAUUAAAAUUUCAAACAUGCCAAUAGCAAUCCGUUCCGGGUACUAGCUAGCUAGUACCGCGAUAUCCACUACUGAGUAGCGAGUCGUCAUCUUUGUACUAGAAGGGAAGUGCCCUGUCUUCCAGCGCAACCAGUUGGAACUUUGAACUUAUGGAUUUGUCUCUGCACUACAUGUAUGUGUUUUCGGAGGAUCUCCACUUCCGCCUUGGAGCAAAUGGAAGUGCACUGCGG